AUGGGUUAUACUAAGAUUGAAACGAUUCUUGUUGCUCUAAUUGGCACUUCAUUGAUCGCAUACUUCGUCCUAGUGUGGUACGAAUGGCGCCGACUAUCGCAUGUUCCAGGACCUUUGUGGGCAGGCUUCACCAAACUUUGGAUGGUUUAUCAAUCGCAACAGCGCAGGCAGCCGCAUGCAUUCAAGGAGGCGAAUGAUAGAUAUGGCCCACUCGUCCGCGUUGGACCCAAUGAAGUGAUCACGAACGAUCCAAACGUCCUCCGAAAAGUUAUGGCUGUGCGCUCCGAAUACACACGCGGAAAUUUCCACAAAGCUUUUAAAUUUGACCCUACACGUGACAAUUUAUUCUCGAUGCGCGAUGAAGCCGCUCAUACAAAAUUGCGCGCGAAGAUGGCUGCUGGAUAUUCCGGAAAGGAGAACACGUCCAUGGAGGGGGUCGUAGACGAACGGGUCGCAAGUUUUAUCAAUCUGAUCGAGGACAAAUAUCUUUCCACAGCAAAAGAGUUUCGUCCAGUGGAUCUCGGCGAGAAGACAUCAUUCUUCACCAUGGAUGUAAUUACCGACUUGGCCUUUGGACAGCCCUUUGGGAAUCUAGACACCGACAGCGACGUGUACGACUAUCUAAAGAUAACCAAGUCUUCGCUGCCAAUCAUGACAGGUUUGUCUGAUGUCCCUGAAGUGGCAGUAAUACUUCAAUCUCGCAUCUUUCGAAAACUUUUACCUUCCGAGGCUGACAAAACCGGCUUUGGUGCUUUUAUUGGAGUCGCCAAGAGACUUGUUGCAGAGCGAUAUAGCCCCAAUGCUGAGUCCAAGUUUGACAUGCUUGGCUCUUUCAAGCGACACGGCCUUACCCAGGAAGAGGUUGCAGGAGAAGCGUUACUCCAAAUCGCUGCUGGUCUUGAAACAACGGCUGCGAACAUUCGGACCGUCAUGCUCAACGUUCUCACUAAUCCUAGCGUCUACAGAAAGUUGCAGACUGAAAUCGAUCACGGUAUUGCUUCGGGGAGAAUCUCUUCCCCAAUCACGGAUGCCGAAGCCCGUAACAUGCCAUACCUGCAAGCUAUAAUCAAAGAAGGUCUCCGCAUUAUGCCGCCUGCUUCGGGAGCCCUAUUCAAGCAGGUACCUCCAGCCGGGGAUGUAAUCGCCGGCAAGUUCUUGCCCGGAGGUACGCAGAUUGGGUUUUCACCGCUUGGAACUCAGUACUCCAAGGAUACGUAUGGCACCGAUGCGGACCUCUUCAGACCAGAGAGAUGGAUUGAAGCAAGUCUUGAGAAGGCUCAGGAAAUGACGAGCACGGUCGAUCUCUGCUUCCACUACGGGAAGUAUCAUUGUCUCGGCAAGCCAGUCGCGUGGAUGGAGUUCAACAAGUUCUUUGUAGAGAUCUUCCGAAGGUUUGAUUUCAGUGCCUGCCGGCCGGAUAGACCGGCCACACUGUCCAAUGCUGGGAUGUGGGUUAUGGAGGACUUCUGGGUGCGCAUUGAGCGUCGAGGCACUGCUUUGUAG